ACUAUAUUUUAUUUUAGCUCGUUGGGUAUAAUAGAAAUAGGUAUUCUCUAUUCUGUGAUGGUGGUUUGAGGGCUGGCAAUUCUCUGCGACUCCUCAAGUUUUACUCAGUUCACUUUUAAGUUUUAAAAGAAUUAUCUGGAAAAUAUAUAUGAACUUGAAAAUGAUUAUAUAAGUUUACUACUUAUAAGUUUCUGUCUAAAUUUUAUACAGUAAAUGAUGAUAAAACUGAGUAAUAAGGUCGCUCAUUAUUAAGUACUCUAUUCUUCAACAUUCUCUAAGGAUUUUUUGAACAGCUGUUUUUUAUCCUUGUGAUUCUGUGUUUUCCAACCUCAAUACUCAAUCUCACCAACACCAUCAUUGAACUGUCCUCUUUCACAGUUGAUAUUAUGGAAAAAUGUAAUUUUUCUCUUUAAUUGAAAGGAAAGAAUCUAGUAGCUCUGUCUUAAGAUUGGUGUUCCGACAGAGAACUAUGAUGAUUCACUACAGAAACUUGAAUAGAGCAUUGAGGAUCCUUCAACAUUCUGCUUAUGGAAGUUCAACUGCAAUUAAUCCUGCUGCUACAACUUCAGCGGCAUCAGCAACUUCAAAUUCGUCUGAUGGGACAAAAGAUUCUGAUUCACAGAGCAAUUCAGAAAAACCAGACGCCGAGAAAAAAGUGAAGCAAAUCAAUCGUAAACUCACUACGUCAGUUUUCAAUACAUUGAAAAAUAUUUCUGAUGAUGAGAGACUCGAAAAGAAGAUCGAGUCUGCUUCAACCUCUCAAGAACUUUUAGCGGCUUCGGAAACAAUCGGAAUCCAAAGAAAAUAUGCACUCAAGAUAGUCUCAAAGCUGGCCGAACUGACCAAUCAGGGCAAAAUGAAGAUAGCUGACUUUCAAGGCGAUAGCAGAUUCAUUAGGCUGUGCCAGCAGCUGGGCGAUCCCGAGGAGGUGUCGGCCAAGGCACUCAAGAAACUCUCUUCGGGCGGUGGCGGACUCAACGACCUUGGAGUCGUGUUGGGUGUUGCCGGGGAUGACGAGGCUGCCAAACUAAUUAGCACCAUCUCACUGCCCCAGAUGGUCAAGGUGCUCACAUCGCUGUCGUUGAAACGCAGGAGGUCUUUGCCUCUAUUGAGGUCGCUUGCCUUCAAUUUGGGCAAAACUGACGAGCCACUCAAUAUCAAACAAGCAGCUGAUGUGCUGUAUGCGUGUUGUCAACUAAACUUCUUCGAUGAGGUAUUAUUCGUAAAAGUGUGUGGUGAUCUUGGUAAAUGUAUUGCCGAGAACAGAAGAUCAGCAGUUUUCGGUUCGAUUUGUACCAGUUUAGGAAUGCUACGAUAUAAAGACAGAGAACUCAUGGACUCGUUAUGUUCGUGGGCAAUGAACAAUUUUGGCUUGUGUAGAACACAAGACAUAGUUUCUCUCCUUUUAACCCUCGGCGCUGUGAAUCAUACUCCAUCCAAUGCAGAAGCUUUAUUUACUAAGUUGGAAAGCCAUUUGGACGCAUCUGACCUAUCGACACCAUUUUUGUGGUUGGAUGUGGUGUGGUCCCUACUAAUUCUGAACAAGGCCACUGAAAAACACAUCUCAUCAGUUCUCGAUCCAGCGUUCAUCCAGAGACUCACCAACUGUAGGCCAGAAGGCAUUGGUGUGGCUGUAAAAUUGAAAUUAUUAAACCUCAAUGCAGCUGCCAAGUUAUUAAUUGACAAGUAUAAAGGUCCUUACCUGGAUGCAGAGUCGGACGUUUUCAACGUAGACGUGCCUCGGAGUAAGGAGAAGCAGAUGUUCGCCUCAGUUGUGAUCGACACAAUGACCAACCUGCUGCCUUCGUCGUUCUACAUGAAUUCCAACAUCAAGACUGACAUGGGUCUGAUGAUCGAUGGAGAAUGCGUUAUGGACUCAAACUUCAAUCCUUUACCGUUGGUAGAUAAGAAAUCCGGUGAAGUAAUCGAUAGAACUAAGGGAAACGUGCGGAAGGGAAAAAGGAUAGCUGUCGUAGUUCUGGAUUUCCACGACCUUACUAAGGGUGAAACGGACUUGGUGGGUCUUGCCAGUUUAUGUGUGAGGUUAAUUUCAAACUCGAAUUACACAGUGAUGACAAUACCGCAUUACGAAUUCAAUCCCAAUGAUAAACUCGUUACACGUGUAAAGUACCUAGAGCAGAAAUUAAAAACCAUUGUUGCAAGUUAAUAAAUUAUAGUAUUUAUUUGUUGUCGUUUCUAAUCGGUCGUUAGUGUAAAUUUCUUGUAUUUACGUACUUGAAUUUUUUAGUCGUAUGUAGAGGAUUGUGGUAUGAACGUUUUUACUCAUCUUCUAACCUAUUGAGAGAUUGAUUUUACAGCUCAGCUUUAAAUAAAAUAUGUUGUACAGAAAUAAACGAUUCACCUGCUUUUUUAUCAA